AUGAUGCAGGCGGUCGCCGAAACACUCCUGCCUUCGCUUUCUUCCUUUUUUUCUCUGGCUGCGUUGCCGCUGCGUGGGGGUGUAGGGCGAAAAGUUCAUUUGCAUUCUUGUCCCAUGGAUGGAUCUGUAGUAUUGGCCGCGGAGUCCUCGCCGUCGACUGACGCGCGCGACAUCCUCAUCCUAGUGGGCCAGCGGAGCGUCGCGGGAGGAGGUGGCGGGCGCCGGGAGCAGACCCGCUGCAUUGUCUUUGAUGCGAUCCCGUGCGCCGACAUGGAGGUGAUCAUGGAGCAGGUUGAGUGCUUGGAGCAGGUGCUCCCAUGCGGCAUCUGCGUUCUGGGCGUCUCGCUCCCAGGCGAUGGCGCGAGGGAGAUUGUGGGUCUACGCCGCUUUCUCAAGGAUCACGCGCAGGUCUCUGCUCUGUUUGCUGCGACCCACGAUGGGGCGGGGAAGGUGCAGUGCCAACUCCUGCAUUCAGGAAAGACGCUGACGGUCACCACACUUGAAACGAGGCCCGUGUUUGCCACAAUGGCGUGCUACUUUAAUUCUCCCUUGGGCCUGUUUCCGUUUAUCGUCCGCUCCAAUGGCGCAAAUUUGAACCAUAGCGUCGCUGUGGACGUGACGAGCACGACGGUGCUGGAGCGCAACGGGAUCUGGGACUCGGUGGAUGGUCUUUACGCGGUACAGCUUGGCGGCAAAGAGGGCAAAGAGGAGGAAAUGAUGUGCGUGCAUGUGACGUUUGCCCCGCUUUUUUCGUGUGGCCGAGACGUGUACCGCGCCAUAUGUUCACUUUUGCCGAAGGUCGCGCAAAAGCCAGGAGGUGCGCUGGUGCGGGUGGAGUCGCAGCGGUACCCUGCGCUGCUCUAUCAGUGGAUCUUUACGCCUGCGAAGAAGGGCACAACCACCCUCUCCAUGGAACAGUGGAACGAGCUGCGGGAGCUGAUUGAGGACGGCGUGGGGGAGGAGGUGCAGCCAUCGCAAGUAGUGACGGAAACAUUUCUGGGGUCGCCGCCAGCUCCUGUAGAAGCCGCAAAGACGUGGAAGACGGACGCGGCGAAGAAGCCGGAGGAAGGCGUGCCCGCAAAGAACUCCGCCCAGCUUGCGGGGGGCGGAGUCAGCUGCUGA